AUGGCAUUAGCAGGGGCGAAACCGGAAUUUUUUGUUCCAAGAAUGAAAGAUGAUGUGAAAGAAAAUGAAAGUUUAUUGCUUAAUGAGGUAAAGAAGUGGGACAAGGAGAGUGUUGUGUGGGGACAUAAGAUGAAACGAAAAGCAGCUGUUUCUUGGGGGAGUUUGAGGCAACAAGCCAUUUUAGGGCUUGUUAAUGAGUCAAAGUCAAAGUCAAAGGUGAAAGAAAUGGAAAAGGAGAAAAAAGAUGGGAAAUUUGGAGUGGAUUGUUCAGCUGUGAGUUAUAUAUUGGCUACACAUCAAAUGGAAGCUGGGAAGAUGGUGAUGAAUUGUGAUUUGACUAAACAACGAUCAAAUGAUGAGUUAUUGUUGCAUAGAUAUUGA